CUAGCGGAAGUUCAGAAAAUAUUAAAUAUAUCAUGAUUACACUGUAAAUAUAUAGGAGAGAUUUUUUUAUUUUUUGCUGUUUUGUGCAUUUUUUUGUUUCAUUUUGAAAAGUCCAGAGUUUUUGAUAAGUUGGAUAAAACAGGAUGAUGAACAAGGAAUCAAAAUUUGAGGUAAAUCACAGUAGAAUUUAUAAUCUCUCUAAUGUCUCUAAUAGAAUCCAAGAAUUUGAUACAAUUUAUAAUUUAAUUUUAUUAUAGUAUUUCACCAGUUUUAUACAGCUGUACUAUAUGAUUUUGAUAGAGGAUGUUUGUAUUAAAGGCAUUGCCACAUUAUUAGAGGUAUAUGUCUUGAGCAACAGUGUUCCUAGGGUUAAACACAUUUAAAGAGUAUUAUUAUUAACCCUUUUAGUGGCAAUGCACCCUGAUGCACCCUACUUUAGUACUUUACUCUGUCAAACACCAUCGUCCAGUGGAGAGUUUUGCCACUCAAUGGGUUAAUGCAUCCCAUGCAUCCACUUUUAAAAUCAUUUAAGUGGCAAUGCACCCUGAUGAUCGAUGCACCCUACUUUAGUAUUUACUCUGUCAACACCAAACGGUUUUACUAGUCAGAUGGAGAGUGCUACCACUCAAUGGGUUAAUUUUCAGUGAGGCCCUAAAAUAUGAACAAUAAAAUUACAAUAUAUAUAACUAUAUAAGUCAUAGUAGAUUUAUAUGGAAAAAGUCAGAAAAUUUAAAAAUUGCUAAUUGCAAUCUUAAAACUAUUAAAAGAUAAAGUUCUAAUAUAUUCAUGGAGACUGUUCCAAUCAUCAACACAGUGACAAACGUAACGGCUUUGUCCACAGGUCUUGUAGGAAUGUGGUUUAAUUACAUUAUUCUUAUUACGAGUGCUAUAAUUAUAAGUGUCAGCAAACAAUGAUAUUUGGAUGUUAUUUUUAAAAUAAAAACCAGCCAGUAACAGCUAUAUCAAUAAUGUGAGUACUACCCACCCGAAAAAAUUUUAUGCUGCCAAUAUCUAGUGAGUUACCAUGAUCUAAAGCCCAGGUUACACUUGGCAUGUGCCAUAAAUUUGUUUCUUGCACCGGGUCAACUUUCAUUGUGUUGCCGGCGCAAGAGAAGAAGUGCAUGUUCUGCCCAGUCUAAGCACAAAUAUUAUUGUAAUUUAAUACCCUCUGCAAUCGUUGACAAUUUCACCUUCAGCAACAAUUGUGUAAAAAAUCACAUUACAACUGAUUAAUAUAUUUAGUCAGCCAGCCAAUGAAAAUCGCUUUACUUGACUUUGUGGGCUGGCGAGAAAAGUAAAUUUGGAGCAGCAAAUCCAGUGGACUAGUAAGACUAGUAAAAGUUAUGUCUGCAAGUUUACACACUACUAUCGAUACAAUUGGCAAAAUCAGUUAAUUCCUAAAACAUUACAAAUUCACACACCUUUAAAUGAAUAUAUUAGGAUCUUUAUUCAUGACAACAUAAUAUUCUUGUUUCUAUACCACAACAUAAUACCACACUUGAUAAUGAUCAAACUUUAAAAGUUAAGAGCGCUAAAUUUUGCUAAUAAAUCAUGAAUUCAGCCUUGAAUUGUAAAACUCUGGCUUUGCACUUGUCUGCAUGACCAGACGAGAAAAUCAUUGCAUGUGUUGCCACUUCUGGUUGUGCCUGGUUGAGUGAGAAAAAAUUAUUCAUGUAAUUAACCCUUUUAAAGGGAUAUGGCAAUAUAAUAUUAAGUUUGUCUUAUAUGAAAGAACUUUUAAAAUUUAUAUAUAAACUUCCUUUACAAUUAUUCCGUAUCUAAUUGCUUGGUUUUCAAAAUAAAUCGACUUUAAUAUUUUGGUCAAAAGCAGAGUGUAUUCCGCCAUCGGGGGUUGACAAAACGUGGACCCCCCCCUUCUGGACCCCCCAUUCUGGACCCCUUUCUGGACCCCAUUCUGGAUACCUUUCUAGACCUUUUAAGAACCAAAAGAAAACAUGCAAAUUAAGAAAACGUUACAUACGCAGCUGUAAGCAGUCCCUCCCCAACCCGCAUUUGUUGAAGACAUGGCUUAUUCGCAAUAAAUUGGAUGCCAAUAUUUGUUGACAUUUUUUGCUGUAAAUGCAGCGGGGUAAAUUGCCCAUUUAUAUAGCAACCCGACACUAAAUUGACAAUGUCACAAAAACAACAUGGUACAAAACUUCACGUGCAGGAUCGUGACAAACAGCAAGAAGUUCUAUCAUAUCUCACCAAAACUGCAAGAACAGAAUUGGCUUCCAGUUAAGGAACACUUACUUUUUAGAGAUACAGUUUUGAUGUACAAUUAGCGUAUUAACAAUCUAGCCCCACCUUACUUGUGGAGGGUCCUGAAGGGGGGGGGGGUCCCAAUCCCAUUUCCCACCUGAAAUUUUGGCAAAAUCCCAGUCCCAGUUGGAUUUUUAUUAGAAAUCCCAGUCCCAGUUAUUGAAAUCCCAGUUAAUAAAAAUCUCUUUAUUUAUCGGUAGAAUAAACAGUUUUAAGACCUUUUAAGCAAGUGGCGGACACUUUAUGAAAUAAUAGGGGGGUGUUCGUGCCAAAGGCACGGAAAAAUUUUAAAUUUGAAUCUCGGGAAUGGCAUUUGCAGCAUUCUGAGACCAGCAUACUCAGAAAACCCUGAAUUCCGGGCACCAGAGUAUGCCUGUUCGCAGGUACUGUUGUGAAUAAUAUAGUUAACAACAAAAAUCAUGACCAAAGACACCAAAAACGGAUAAAAAUUGUAUUUUAAAAUACUCAAAACGCAGAAAAAUUGGGAAUUGACUCGCAUUACCUCAAUCCCACUCCCAUUUUUGAGGACUUCAUUUCCCAUUCCCAGUGGCCAAAUCCCAGUCCCAGCAACCCAAAUCCCAUUUUCCCAGUCUAAAAAUAGAUCAAUCCCAGUUCCCAUUUUACCCCUUCAGGGCCCUCCUUGUGCAAUAAAUUUAGUAAACGAUCAAAUAUACAUGAAUGUAACACUCGUAACCGAGAGCUCCUCCAAAUACCGAUUUAUAAUACCACCACUGGUCAGAGAACAUUUCAUUAUAGAGGGGUGAAACUAUGGAAUGAUCUGGACAAUAACACGAAACAAAUGCCAUCUUUGAGAAGUUUUAAGAAUAAAUUAAAGAAAGACAUGUUAGACAGACUGUAUUCUUAGUAAUGGACUAUUUUAAUAAUAGAAGAUUUUUCCUAGUAAAUUUUUAUGUAUGUAAUCUUAACCUUGUUUUUUAAUCACCAUUCCAUGUAAAUUAGUGUUGAAAAGCCUCUUUGAGGAACACAAUAAAGUAUGUAUGUAUGUAUGUGUGUACUGAAAGUGCUUGUCCCUAUUCAAAAGAAUAUGAAACAAGAAAACCAGUGCAGUAAGGUAUUUCUAAUUGGAAUAACUACGUUGCCCAGCAAUGUUUAAUGUACGAGAUUAUAUAAUAUGUAUCAUUCGCAACAUCACCAUCGGCCAGAGCUGCGAAGUCUCACGGUUUACCCGUGAGUCUCCAGAUUUUCGCGGUGACCUCCAGGUCUCACGAUGGGUCUUGAAAAUCUCACGGAAUCCAUUAAAAUGGUCCUUUAUGCAUGGAUUCUGCAUCUAUGCUCUUAAAAAAUACAAUUUGCGAAAAUACCGUCUGUUUUUUCGAAAGAAAAUCUGUACGUAUUUGUAAAAUGACACUCUUAUUAAAAAAAUCCGCAGUAGCGUGGCGCGUGGCUAUUCGAGUAAACUUAGAUUUUAUGAUCUUGAAGUAUAAUGUAACCUAAACGUGAAUUGUGUGUGUGCGCGGGCUCAUUUUUUCUUACCCAGCCCGGUCAACAAUAAUAUAAAGUCAACAGUUUAUACAUAAUUUGAUUAAAAUUUUUCAGUAUUAAAUAUUGUCUGCGCUACUCUGUCUGGUUUUUUGAUCAGUAUGUAUUAAAUAACAUAGAUAUCACUAUUAUCACAUAUAUCGCUGAUGUCAGUACGAACUACGAACUUAAAGGCCCCAAUAACCUCCAGGUUUUUAAUCAUCUGAACUUGGCAGCUCUGCCAUCCCCCGAGCAUUUGACUUCAAGGUUUCUCCUGGGAGUAGUGAAUUGGACAUUUUGAAGCAAGAUGAAGUGCCUUUCUAUGAAGAUGCGAUUGCCGCUGACUGAAAUGAUUAGGACAUUGAAAAGGAUUAAAGAAUUCAGAAAGUCGAAAAAAGCAAAACGAAUUUAAUCGAUCAUCGUGAUAUUGAAAUCCAAAUAGUAAUUGUGUCCUACCAUCUGGCCUGUUGGUUUUUAAAAGGUCUGAGAAUGGGGUCCAGAUUAGGGGUCCAGAAAGGGGGGUCCACGUUUUGUCAACCCCCUCCGCCAUCUUGGAUAUGCAUUCGAUAUGCAUACGUCACAAGUAGAGUAAAAAGUGAAAUUUUAUCUUGCAAACCACGUAUCAUUAUCAAUAUGAAACUCGAUUUUCGGAAGUCUUUUUAAUACUCAACACAUUUUAGUUAGUCCCACAUGAAGAAGUUUUAACAAGUUUACCCUGCUUGGUGACAUCAUCAAAAAUUCAGUAAUUAGGUCAAUUAUAAUACCAAGAUGGCAAACUGCACACUGUUUUUGGUCAAAAUAUUUCGAAAACCAAGCAAAGUACGAAAAAGUUCUUUCAAACAAGACAAACUAAGAUAAUUUUUAUUGCCAACUAACUCAUACAGCCCUAAUCAGUUCUGUGCAUUUAUUUUGAUUUCUUCAAUCCGUAGAUUCUUGAUGAUUUACGAGAUGGCCUGGUUCGAGAUUUGCAACCAGAAAAACACUUCGCCUUUCUCAGAACAAAAAGAGUGUUUGAUGAAGAUGAUUGUGAGGAAAUCAAUGCCAAGCCAACUCGGCGAAAGAAAGCAGAACUAUUUCUCGACAUAUUGAGAAAGAAAGGGGAUAGUGGAUUUGAUUAUUUUUGUGAAUCGUUCAUUGAGUGUGGAAAGACCCAACUUCAUAUACUCAACCAAAUAUUAGAUGCAUAUGAAGAAAAGAUAUAUGAUAAUGAAGGUAUUACAAGUGGACGCAUAAAAUUAAUGUUAUUCCAAAAAAGUGUGCAUUGAAUAAAGGAAUACCCUGAGGAAUACCGAAUGGUUUUCCGUGCAGGAUUGCGUGAUCCAUGCACGCGGAAUGUUUUGAGACUUUCGGAAAGCGUAAAAGCCACCAGGCGAGAGCUUUUUUACGCUUUCCGAAAGUCUUGACUUGAAACAUUCCGCGUGCAUGGAUCACGCAAUCCUGCACGGAAAAACCAUUCGGUAAUUGUUUUAUAAAAUAACCAUACAGUGAAACAAUGGUCAAGUUAAUUCACUCUCUGUAGUUAUGUAAUUAAACCUUUGGGGUUUUUUUUUGGUGAACUUGCCGCUCGUUUAAUAUACUGUUAUUGUUUAUUUCACGCAUUGAAAUGUUUUCGUUGCUGAACAUUUUGAAAACCCCGCGGAAGGCAUUUAAAUUUUCCGUGCAGGAUUGUCUCAUCCUGCACGGGUGUUUCACUGUAGUUAAUAUAUAUUAUAUAGUAACUACGGUAAAACAUGCAAUUGAUUGGUCCUGAAUAGCCGUGCAGGAUCAGGCUAUCCUGCACGAGGAAUCAAAAUGCCUUCGCGAGAUUCUAAUAUGUCAUUGUUUCACUGUAGUUAUUUUAUAAAACAAUUACCAAAUGGUUUUCCAAGCAGGAUAGCAUGAUCCAUGGACUUGGGAUGUUGCUCGACUUUGGGAAAGCGUAAAAAUAUUUUUACGCUUUCCCAAAGUCUCCAUUCCAUUCGGUAUUCAUUUAAUACACUAUACACAAUCUAUUUAAAUUUAAAAAUUCAUCUUCAGCAGAUAUUGACAAGAUAUGGACCACGGAUCGUAAACCUCCGAAUCGAAGCCUUGAUAUACUAACGUGUUGAAGAGUAAUAAAGUAGACUAUUCACUUGGGCCAUUCCGAAUUUAAGCCCCCAAUGUAAGCCCCUCUGUGUAUAAGUCGGUGCCAUGGGCUUAUUAUUAGACAGGUAAUGAUGACGGAGUGACAUGGAUUCCAAGAGCUUUUUAAUAGCCCCAGGCGGUGACGAUAAUUACAUUAUUUACAGUAUUAUACUGUACGCUUUAACCAAUAUGUGUUAUAUACUGUAUGCUUUCAAUCAUAGUAUAGUUUACAGGUGCAAUAACCUAUACUUACUGUACUAAUUAAUACUAAAUGUUGUUCGUAUAUGAGCUCUCCCAUGUAUAAGACCAUCAAAAUAAAAAAAAUGCUUAGAAACGCAGAAAUACAAACCCAGGGCUUAUAUUCGGAGGUUUAUUAUAAGUAAUAGCAUGGCAUUCAGGGCGAUUAGUGAUUAAAUGUACCCGAAAGCCGAGAGAGGUUUAGUAAAAGUCCCUCGGCGCUACGCGCCUCGGGACUUUUACUAAACCUCUCGAGGCCUGAGGGACAUUUCAUCACUAAUCGACCGUAAUGCCAUGCUAUUACUUUGUAAUAUCAUAGUUGCCGAGGGAAUCGCGCGUGGUGUGUUGCCUGUUUUGAAUGCUGUUUGAUUGUCUUAUGAUUGUGGUACGAACACUUUUCAUAUAUACGCACGCGCGAAACACAUCUCCGUGUUCAUUCGUUUUAGGCAUGCGCAUAAACGGAAUUUUCUCCCACAAUUGAAAUGUUCAAGAUUAGGGAAUAAAAGCUGGCAAAGUGAUUGUUCGAAUGUGUACGGGACGGUGUCGUCAGAUACUGUCCAUAGUUGUGCCGAUGAUUUUCGAUGAGGUACAGCUCUCCAAUCAGAGGUAAUGAGGUACGCGUUUGUCUUCUGCCCGUGGUAAAAAUUAGUUCUAAUUUUACUCCCAUGUUUUAGUAAUGAGGUAAAUUAGUGAUUAAUCGUACCUCGCGAGACAAAGGAUUUCGAGGCAACUAUGAUAUUACAGUAUAAUAAAGCUAACAGAGAGUUGCAGUUAUUGAAUUGAGUAGAUUACCGCUGAACAGAAUAACAACGUUACCAAGUUGAACAUUAAUUCGCUUUGAUUGCUUACCCCAUGCAACCUAAUUUAUGUGAAAUGUGUUGAAAAACUUGCAGUUGAACAAUUGUCAAGACCACAGCAAGAGUUCGUCAACAUGGAAAUGUUAAAUGAACAGUUACCACGGCCAGGAGAAUGUGGGGCACCAUGUCUACCAAGUCAGAUCACAUCAUACCUACCACUAUUGAAUGGUAAAUAUACUGUUUUACUAUACAUUGUAUUUUCAUGAUUUGUGGCACAAAAGUGACAAACCGUUAGUUCUCAAACAAGCACUGAAUAUAAAUUCAAAUUGUUAUCACAAAACAGCACAAAACUAUUAGUGAUUAGAAAAGCUACCCUGGUUUUUAUACAUGAAUGCAAAUCCCAGUUGAAUUCACGGCCCAACGUUUUGACACACUUCAGUCUAGUGUCUUCAUCAAGGGUAAUCUGAAGUCGUAACAUGGCUUCUUAUAUUCCCAUGGGAACAUCAAAAGGCUGUUUCGACCCUAAAUUAGGGAAAAUCCGCUCUAGCAGAACAUGCAUGUGUGACACCAAACACAUGGCGGGGACUGAAGAGUAGAAACGUUGGGUAAACAAAAUUUUGAGUGAGUAAAAGGUUGGGUAAAUGAAAAAAACCUGACUCGAUGGUUGGGUGAUAAAAAUUGUUUUGUCAUUUCCAAAACAUGGCUCAAUCAAAUAUUGAAGACUAAAAAGCAGUGUCCACAGUCAUGUCAAUACAAUAUGUAAGUCAAUGAGAGACACUAUCUUGAUCAUUUUCCAAUUUGUCAGCAGGCAAAUGCUGUCUCCAAAUAAAGUACAUGUGCAUACAACAUGAAACAUUAAUUAGGCGAGACUUUUUUUAUUCGUUGGUUUACGGAUCCGCCGACCGUAAAUAUUCAGAAAGUGAAAAAUAAAAAAAAAAUUUUGAUGUCAACAAUUUUAGUUAAUUUUAGUCAAUUUGGGGUUCUGGCAUGAAGUAUACGCCAAGUAAACUUUGACUUUAAGUACUGUUCGUCCACUCGUAUUUAAACCGUAUCAGUGAGCUGCAUAUUUGAUGUCAGAUUUCGUUUUUACAACAUGACGUACGAGGCCAUCCCACCCGAAAUUGGCGCGAAAACCACCUAAAUUAUAAUGACGUAAAAAAAGUGGGAACUGAUAUCGAUCAGGAUUGUUUAGAGAAUCUCGGGCUAUUUUGGGAGCUUACUUGGGAUUUUUACAAAUUGACAACGCUGGUUGUGAUAAUAAAUGUGGAGAUUAGGCAUGUUUUUCCAAGUAGAAGUUAAAUGUUUAGAAGAUAAAAACAUCGAUUUUAAAUAUACUCAGUGUGUUUUGUUUUUAAGUUUUUUUCCGACCUACCGACCUGUUUUUUUUUUAAGUCAAAUCCGUAAACCAAUAAAUAAAAAAAGUCUCGCCUUACACUGCAGAAAAUUGCACAAGCAGUUAUCACACUCAUGUCACAGAAGUGGUAAAGGACAUGCAUGUGUGAAAAUUGAAAGGUAUCCUUUUGUAUAGUGUUUGGUGGAUAUUUAUUUUUUAAUUGACAUUUGAAGUUGGCUAAAAUUUUUUGACUCUCUAAUGGUUGGAUCAGCCAAGGUUUUGCCCAAAAAAACAUUUCUCUUCGGUGCCACCCUUCGCCAUAAAUAAUGACCAGUUCCUUAAAAAUUCUUAAUUCUUUCAUAUAGGAGCACCGAGACAGAUGAAUGGAGAUAUGAUAACAAGCUAUGAAACCCCGCCUCCUCCAUAUUCAACUUACUGAUUCACUAUAGUCAGCUAUUUUUUAUACACCACGUGUCAAGGAUUUCUAUAGUAUCUUAUUGGUUGAAAGUUUAUGACGUAAAGUCGGUAAACACUCAAAUUUUGCGACGUUUCCAAACAGGGGCAACAUCUGAGGGAGCUCACGCAUGAGGCGAAUUUUCAAUUGCAAAUGUGUUUUGAAAGAGGGAAUAUUUGACCAAAUUAGACGUGUCGAGAAAUUAACAACUUCAAGUCUGAAUGUAGCACAUGCACUCCAGAUGAUCUUGAUACGCGGAAAAGUACUGGCACUAGUUGUCAAAUAGAAAUCCAUUUUGUGAUUAAAAUAACUGAACAUCUCCUGUGAUAUACUUUAUUUCGAUUCCAUAUUUUUGUCAGAGCUAUAGUUCUCAUAACCAAACAUAAUUACAAAAUUUCAACUAGUUUCAUAAAGAAUAACGAAAGAUAUAAUUGACUGAAGACAUCAAAAUGGAUUUCUAUUCGGACAACCCUUUCUGAGCGCUGAUUGGCUAAAAUACGAACACGAGAUCACCUGGCUAUAAGGACAAAUGACUGGCAAAAUGCCCAUGGAAGGCAGUAGAAGGUGCAGGCAUCAUUAAAAUGCGCGCGCGUGCGAGCGCCGCUCGCAGACACCUUUUGAAUUUUUGCAGGCACAUUUUAAAAUACUGACAUUUUAAGAAUAUUUAGGUCACAAAAUCUAAAUAAGAUGUGUUUUUGCAGGCACAUUUUGAAUUUCGCUCGCAGGCACGAAAAAAUGUUAAUGAGGCCUGAGAAGGUAUAUGACCACCCAAAAGCACAUGUUGUAACAGCCACUCCCUACUGUAUACAGUAUAUCAUGACUAUUUGUGUUAUGGCCACACGACAUGCAUAAUUUGAUAAAUAAAAUCAAUCUACUGACGGAGCCCAUGAUGCUAGGGGCCCAAAGCGAGUUCUCGUUGUCUCGUCCCUGGCCGUGCUGGUCCCUGUUUACAAAAAGUCACAAAUUUGAGUGUUUACCGGUUUUCAAAUUCCAUCAACUGUUGUGGAAGCAAAACAGCAACAGGUUUAUACACUUGAAUAAUGUUGAACCGAACAUUUUAUUUAUUUACAAGAUUCGACCUACAGUAAUACUUUGCAUCGUGUAUAGUUCACAUAUAUAAAAUAAAACAAAUUCUGAAGAGACGCAUCUUGAAAUUCGAAUAUAUAAAUUAAAACGAAGACAAAAAGGUAUUUAACAACUAUUCACCGGAAAUUCUCCAUUUUUUAAAAAACUGUAUCGAGCCACCUUCCAUAUCUUGCAUUGCAGAACUUAUCUAUGAACCUUCUAGAACUCUUAGAUCUUCCAAGGCUAAUCCACUCAACGAACCAGAUUUAAUGUAAAUAGCUAUUUGGUGGUAGAGCUCUUUGUGCUUGUAGUACCUAGGUCUAUUAGGGCACGCACCGAUCUAUCAGACUUUAAGAGCAAACAACUUAAUUAAGGCACAUUAGUUUAAAAUAAUAGCCUAUAAUGUGGAUAUCUGUUGUAAAUGUUGUAUGGUCAAAUUAUUACUUUUAUGAUUAUCUUUCCGGAAUUUGUUUUAUUCUAAAUUGUCUACUGGAAAUAGAUAUUAAAACAGUUCACGUCUUUUCUGUUCGAUACUUGGCACGAAAGUAAACCACUAAUUCAUCUCAGGAAAGUAGUAUGUUUUGCUCUCUAAAAACACUAUGGUUAAAAUUUCUCUGGUUAUUAACCUAGAGAAAAACCCCUGUUUGGGUCAACUUUAACCAGGGUGUUUUCAGAGCCGCAUAAUUGUAGGUACAGAGGCAAAAGAGGUUUAUACAGGCUGCUGUGGUUCCUUGAUAGUUCUCCUUGUAUGUUCAGUAAUGCAGUGACAGAUGACUGGAUAUAUCCUUGCACACCCCUCAAUACAUCUUUGUACUGCCUACAAUGAAGUAUGAUCCACUGUCACUUAU